AUGAUUGAUGUAACACAUCUUGCAUUUCAACACCACACCCACCACUACCGUACUCUCAUCAUGUCUUUCUGGGAGAAACUUACAGGAGGCCUUCGCUCACCCAUGACACCCCCGCCGCCUUCCCCUUCGACUCCACGAGGCCCUUCAAGCUCGUCCAUUCGCUCAUCUUCAGACACCUACAUUCGGAGAAACGAUGAGUACGAGUAUUACAAUGGAGCUACAUCCAGCGCACCGCUAGCCAACAAAUACAGCCGGAGCCGCAGUAUAGGGGACGUUUACUCUCGUGGAGGUGGAGACGUCGAGAACGAUAGAAACGAGCUCUUCUCAGGGUACGAUCCGGCGAGGUCGAGAUCGGGUCCAAUCUUUGAUGGUCCCGACCUGGGAAGAGACCCAACACCUGGGGAAGAGAACGAAGAGGACGUCGAGGGUAUCAAGCAGCAAACCCGCUUUGUGAAGCAGGAAAGUGUUUCGUCUACUCGGAAUGCCUUGCGGCUGGCCCGCGAGGCUGAAGAGUCAGCCCGAAAUACUUUAACUCGCUUGGGUGAUCAGUCCGAGAAACUGUCAACUAUCGAGCAUCAUCUUGAUCUUUCGAAAGGACAUUCUCAAAAGGCCGAGGAUAGGACAGAGGAGCUUAAACAGCUAAACCGAUCCAUUUUCCGGCCUGUCGUUCUGUUCAACAAGGAUGAGAAGCGCGCAGCUGAGAGUGCUGCAGUCCAGCGCCGAUAUGAAGACCGUCGGGAAGAGAGGAUGAGAACCAUGCGCGACCACCAGGAACGAUUUGGCAGUCCGAUGCGAUAUGGCCUAGGAGACGAUGAAGAGCUUAUAGACAGGCGUGGCAGCCCUCGUCCCUCCGCUCUCGGACGAGGCGAUCGCGCGCGCUACCAGUUUGAAAAGACUGCGUCCGACGACGAACUGGAAGACGAACUGGACGAGAACCUGGACGAGAUAGCAGCGGCAACAAAACGUCUCAACAUUCUCAGCAAAGCGAUGUCAAAGGAGCUUGAGGACCAAUGCGAAUGGGUUGGACGCAUCGAGCACAAAACAACCAAACUCGAUGACAGAAUCUCCAACAACACUGAAAGUCUCAAGCGGAUAAAGUAG